AUGUCUAUGCACUCCGUUGCUAAUCUCCCUCGGCUCUCCUCUACCGACCUCUCCAAGAUAAUUCUCUCCACAGCAACAUCCAACGUCGACGCUGCUACCCCUCCAUCCACUAUCGCCAUCGUCGAUGUCCGAGAUGAUGAUCAUAUCGGCGGCCACAUCAAACACUCCAUCCACGCUCCCUCAAACACUCUCGACCACAAGAUCCCCGAACUAGUCCGCAAGCUCAAAGACAAGGAAACAGUCGUCUUCCACUGCGCCCUCUCCCAGCAACGAGGCCCCUCUGCUGCUCUAAGAUACAUCCGGGAACGGGACAGGCUGCUAGGCCUGGCUGCGAACCUGGAUCGCGGGAGUGGUGUUGGCCAGGUUCUGAAGAAAAAUAAGGAUAAGGAAGGAGAGGGAGAGGGAGAGGGAGAGAAAGACGGGGAUUGGGAGGAUGUAGAGGGAGCGGAGCAGAAUGAGCAGAAGGUCUACGUGCUGGAUAGGGGUUUCGUGGGCUGGCAGGAGAAAUAUGGCGAGGAUCCUAGGUUGACCGAGGGGUAUAGGAAGGAGAUCUGGAAGGAAGGUUACUAG